AUGCUGGUCUCAAUCAUCACGCUGGCUACUGGGCUCUACGGUUUGGCAAGAGGAACAAGUCUCCGCAUUGCAAGUGACUCCCAGCCUGCUUACCAUUUCGACCCGCGGACAGUCAAGCCCUGCUCUUGGUGGUUUGACUACGAUGCCGAACGAGCCCUUCCAUGUGAUUUGAUCACCGUGGCUUUUGGCAUAACGGUUGAGCAAUUUGUGAAAUGGAACCCAUCGCUAGCAGCCUCGGGAUCCUCCUGCACCGGCCUGGAACUUGAGCAGUCAUACUGCGUCGAGGGCGGAAACGCCGGUUCGGCCACGCCGGCCCCAACACCCACCAGCACCAAGGCAACAUCCACGACAACGACAACGACGACCAAGCCCGGCAACGGCAUCCCCACGCCGACGCCGACGCAGCCAAACAUGGUCGCCGACUGCGACCAGUUUCACCUGGUCAAGAAAGGCGAGACCUGCGACGCCAUCGCCGGCAUGUGGCGCACGACGGCGGUCGAGAUCGUCAAACUGAACCCGUCGGUCGGCACCACCUGCUCGGGGAUGUGGGCCGACACGUACAUCUGCCUGUCGCGCAUCGGCGAGCCGGACAAGACGCGGAGCACCGUCGAAACGCCGCAGCCGAUCCAGCCUGGCAUGGUCACCAACUGCAAGAAAUUCGUGCUGGUCAAGAGCGGCCAGACGUGCGAGCAGGUGGCCAAGGCAAACGGGAUUACCUUGGAGCAGUUCACUCAGUGGAACACCGGGGUGGGCCAAGGCUGCAACUCGCUUUGGGCUAACACGUAUGCUUGUGUGGGCGUAUGA